AUGGGCACCCUUGACUCAGACAAUGUCUCCGAGUCUGACACAUCAGAAUCGUCUCAACAUGUCUUACCUACUCCCCUUCGUCGCUCAACUAGACCACCAACCCCACGUAAGAGUUUACCCGGGAUGGUCCAGCCUUCCGCCGAUAGUCAAAUUACUGUACCCUUACCUCAAGGCCCUGGUUCAGUCUCUUCGCGCAAGAGUCGAUCACAGAAUGUUAAAACUUCUGAUAGUCAAAGUCUAACCAUCAAUUCGAGUCCCCCUGGUUCUCAACCAUCAGUACCCCGUCGAAAGAGAAAAAACACAGCAUCACAAGCGACAGCAGCCCAAGGCUCUCAACGUGACGCACCAUCUGACACGGAAAUGAAUCAGGAUUCCAAUAACGGUCUCACCGAUCGUCAGAAGACCAAACGGACCAAGGUGUUGCACACCGCACCCAAAGAGCCCGAGUAUGCUGCUGUAGUUGACUAUUUUGGUGUACCUGAACACAAGCCAAAUGAUGACCGUGAAGAAACUCUUGGUUUAUUUCCUUUCUCAGCCACUCUCCCUGUCAUUGCCGAGGAGGAUGAAGAAUCCGAUCUUUCCACACCGAUUGUAAUUGACAUACCCGAAGAAGAGACUAAUGUACCAGAUGAGGUUGAUACCGAUCACGAUUCUGAAGGUGACGCCACCGCCAAAGCAGCUCCUGACUACGAUGAAGAAGAGGAGAAUCAGGCCGACACGGAUGAUCCUACCAUUGCGCUUGAAGCCCCAAUCCUCAACGGGUCUCACACUAACUCUUCCAGGAAACACGCAAACAGAUUAAAUAGCUUGAUUAGCAAGGCAAACUUUGUGUCACGUCGGGUUGCUCGUUCGGCGGUAUGGAGGCUACACUAUUCUAGAAUCGCGAAAAGCAUGAAUUUGAAACUUCUGCCGUUGACUCCUGGUUAUAACGCCACCCGUUGGAAUGCAGAAUUCGACUCGCUCAACCGAUUGGUGCAGGCACGUAAAGUUGUCAACAGACUCUUAGCUGAUGACCUCGACCUAAUCAAGAUGAAGAAACGCCGAAAGGGCAGCAAGAAGCCUCGUGGAUAUUUCCACGAGAUCUUUUUUUCACCAGAUGACUGGACCGCCCUUGAGGAAUUGACCAACGAACUGGUGCUUGGCUUUGAUAGGCGCUGA